CUCACCCGCCAUGAGACUCUUGCCGUUCAUCUUAACGUUGGCUUGCUGGCUACACUAUGUCUCUGCAGAUGAGGCCGAAAAUGCGUCGAACCACACAAACAACUGGGCUAUCAUCGUGUCAACGUCGCGGUUUUGGUUCAACUACCGCCACAUGGCGAACGCGCUCAGCAUGUACCGCACAGUGAAGCGCUUGGGGAUCCCAGACUCGCAGAUCAUUCUCAUGCUUUCCGAUGAUGUUGCGUGCAACCCCAGAAACGCCUUCCCCGGUGCUGUCUUCAACAACGCCGACAGACAGUUAGACUUGUACGGUGACGCCAUCGAGGUGGACUACAGAGGCUACGAAGUGACGGUGGAGAACUUUGUCAGAUUGUUGACUGACCGAUGGGGCCCCGAGCACCCGAAGUCCAAGCGUUUGUUGACAGACGAGCGGUCCAACAUUUUCAUCUAUUUGACCGGCCACGGGGGCAACGAGUUCUUGAAGUUCCAGGAUGCGGAGGAGAUCAGCUCCUACGAUAUUGCGCACGCGUUUGAGCAGAUGCACGAGAAGAGGCGCUACAACGAGAUCUUCUUUAUGAUCGACACGUGUCAGGCCAACACGAUGUACUCGCGCUUCUACUCGCCAAACAUUUUGGCUGUGGGGUCGUCCGCCUACGAGGAGUCCUCGUACUCCCACCACUCGGACACGGAUAUCGGGGUGGCUGUCAUCGACCGCUUCACUUACUUCAACCUUGAGUUUUUGGAAAAAAUCGAGAAGAACUCCUCCCAGACGAUGUCGGACUUGUUUGCUUUGUACACAUUUGAAAACAUGCACUCCAAUGCGGGGAUUAGCACCGACGCCUUCCCGCGCAACCUUUCCGAAGUGAAGAUAACUGACUUUUUUGGCAAUGUCCAGACUGUCGCAAAGGAUGAAUCGCAAGAUGACAUCUUGUACAUGCUCAACCACGACGAGAGCGGCACCUACAUCGGUCAGUCAGAAACCGUCACGCCCAGAGCUAUUCAUAGUGGCACGGCUGUGAUCAACGCCGAGUUGGCCGCGUCCAAGCUCUCGAGCAGCAACACCGCCGUGAGUCUUUUAUCAUUGGCCGGCUUUACUGCCAUCUGGUACUUUGCCAGCUACAAGUUGAAGUUGUAAAAAAAAAAAACG